AUGGAAUUUACCAAUAUUAAAUGUACCACCUUUGAUAAAGAAUUUAGCGAUUUUGAAUAUUGCUAUCUUAAAGCUGCGAAUCGCACAUAUAAAUACUUGUCGCUCAAGGUUCGGCUCUAUAAGGUUCCAGUUCAUCAAUUUACGGUGAAUGUCGCAUUCCAUAAGCGAUCGAAUGGUCUUUUACCGAUUAACCAUAAUAUUACAUUUGAUGGCUGCAAAAUGGUAGCCGAUAACGGAAGUCCCUGGACUUCAUUUCUGUUCGGCGUGAUGAAAGAGUAUUCAAAUAUCAACCACUCUUGUCCUUAUGAUCAUGAUGUUAUUGUGGAUAAGCUGCCCGCUCAAUUUGUUAAACAACGAUUUAGCUCACUAUUACCAUUUCCAGAAGGCGAUUAUGUAUUUAACAGCAAUUGGAUAGCUUACGGCAUAAAUCGGGCCAAUGUGAGGCUCCACUUCUCAUAUAAUUAA